AUGGCCGCCGAUGUAGGAUCGAUGUUUCAAUAUUGGAAGAAAUUUGAUCUACGGCGGCUCCAGAGGGAGCUAAACUCUGUGGCGUCUGAGCUGGCUGGUCGACAAGAGGAGAGCGAACAUUCCCACAAGCACCUGGUAGAGCUGAGCAGGGAGUUCAAGAGAAAUGUCCCUGAGGAAGUCCGGGAGAUGGUGGCACCUGUUCUCAAGAGUUUCCAGGCCCAGGUGGUUGCUCUGAACAAGCGCAGCAAGGAGGCCGAGUCUGCGUUCCUGGGAGUCUACAAACAGCUUAUCGAGGCCCCAGAUCCAGCACCUGUGCUGGAGGCCUCACACACCCUGGAGGAAAGGCUGCAGCACCUUCACAGUUCGGCCCCAGACAGCGAGGCCCUGGUACGAGAGAUCAGCGGGCACUGGAAGAAACACCUGGAGUGCCUUGAAAAGACAGAUUCAUCAGAGGACAGUCCAGCAGUCUCAGGGGCAGCAGUGACAGAGGAGGCCCCAGGAUCCAGCUCUCCAGCCUCCCUGAUGACGCCCAACAGCACACCGGCCCCCGGGGCCCCAGUCCCGCAGCAGAACUACCAGGACCGAGCUGAGAACCGAGGGGAAGGGGAGGAGAGCGCCAAUGCUGGUUUGGCUGACAGACUAUCAGAGGCCGAGGAGAAGAUCAAGGUUCUGCAUUCAUCUUUGGACACGGCACAGACAGAGCUGCUGGAACUGCGGUGUAAAUACAACCAGGAGAUGACGAACAAGGCGGAGGAGGUCGACGCCAUCAUGGCCAAUCUUGAGAAAGCAAACCAGAGAGCGGAGAAGGCCCAGAGGGAAGUGGAGAGGCUAAAGGAGCAGAUAGCCAGUGGCCAGAGAGCCACCACAGGGAGCUGCCAUCCAGCAGAGGGCACCAGCCGGGAGAAGAGCGAGAAGUGCGAGGUGUUGCCCUCCCAGCUGGAGGCUGCCUUGCUGGCUAAAGAUCGCGAAAUCCUCCGACUUCUUGAGAACAUUCAGCGGCUGCAGUACACGCUACAGGAAGUUCAAGAGACCUCGGCCAAUCAGAUCCUAGAGCUGGAGCGCCAGCUGGCCUAUAAAGCGGAAGCUAUCGAGAGAUUAGAAGCUAAACUGCAAUCCCAGAUGGACUAUGAAGAGAUUAAAACUGAGCUCAGUAUCCUAAAGGUCAUGAAAAUGGCUUCAGCAAACGGCAGCUCAUCCCAGAAUUCUGCCAAGGCUGCAGAGGCUAUUUUGCUGGAUAAAGAGGCCUUUCUUCCAUCUCACAAAUACCUGGUGGAUAAGGCCCGAAUAUUGCACAGCAUUGAUGACGACCAUUCUGAGGAUGCAGGUAGGGAGACUGGCAGGCCGCCCGGCUCCCACUCGUCCUCCUCAAAUGCGGACGGCCGUGCAUCCCCCAGCCCCGGCCCCCCCACCCUGGACGGCUCCUCCUCCAGCCAAGAUCUACCCCGUCCCUUUUCCGUGUCGCCCUGCUCCGGGGACAGACUGUCAGGAGACCACAUCCUUCACAGGCAGCUCCUCUCCCCACACUUUAAAAAGGAGGGCCUCGUGGCUUUUCCCAGCACCCUCUAUGCAGCCAAAGUCGCUCUAAUGUCAGCCACCCAAGGGUCCGUGGGGUCGGGCAGCGUGGACGCCGGCCUGCCAAGCGACCAGUCAGAAAGCGGCAGCUCGACUGCGGGAGACGACGACCAAGUGGACACGGCGGAGAUCGCCUACCAGGUGAAGGAGCAGCUGCUGAAGCAUAACAUUGGCCAGCGUGUGUUCGGCCACUACGUGCUGGGCCUCUCCCAGGGCUCGGUCAGUGAGAUCCUGGCAAGACCCAAACCCUGGAGGAAGCUGACUGUGAAAGGCAAAGAACCUUUCAUUAAGAUGAAGCAGUUCCUCUCUGAUGAACAGAACAUCCUAGCACUUAGGACCAUCCAGGUCCGACAGAGAGGGAGCAUCACUCCGCGCAUCCGAACUCCAGAAACUGGGUCAGACGACGCCAUCAGGAAUAUCCUGGAGCAGGCCAAGAAGGAGAUCCAGUCCCAGAGGGGAGGUGAAGGCAAGUCGUCUCUGAACAGCUCAUCAGGCAGAAGCAGUAACGGGCCAGGCAGCAGCUCUGACGAAACCAUAAAGAACAUCCUAGAUCAGGCCAGGAGGGAGAUGGAGGCCCAGCAGCACGCCCUGAUGGAGAUGGAGGCCUGCGGGAGGGCCCCGACUGCCAGCUCAGGACCUCAGGUAGAGCGUCUGGGGCCCCCGGAGCGCUCCAGGGGCCUGCCUCUACCCAUCUCCAUCAAACAGGAAGAGGGAGGCUGCGUCACGGUCUGCAUGGCCAACCCCAUCAGCAGCCCCCAGACGCCCCUCAGCGUCCUCUCCCCCGCCGCCUUUGUCCAGAACAUCAUCCGCAAAGUCAAGUCGGAGAUUGGUGAAGUGGGCACCUACUUCGACCAGCACUGGUCCCAUGAGCGAGGGUCAAUGGUGCUCAGUGGCGGAGGUAGCUCUCUGCCAUUCAACUCGGUCUCUCCCUCCUUGUCUUCCUCCUCUUCCGGGCCCUCCGCCUUGCCCCGCCCGUGGCCCCGUCUGGAGAACGGCGAGUGUCUCCCCAACAGCGAGGAGGCCUCUGCUGCUGAGGACGAGCUGGGGCUGGGCCGGCCGGUGGAGGUGAAGGUGGAGUCGGACACAUCGGUAAGUGGAGAGUCCCCCGGGCCCGGCCCAGGAAGGCUGUCCUACUACCCAGCGUACAUCCCCCGUGCCCUGAAGCCCACCGUGCCACCGCUGACUCCAGAGCAGUACGAGAUGUACAUGUACCGAGAGGUGGACACCCUGGAGCUGACCAGACAGGUGAAGGAGAAGCUGGCGAAGAACGGCAUCUGUCAGAGGAUCUUUGGUGAAAAGGUGCUGGGGCUUUCUCAGGGCAGUGUGAGCGACAUGCUGUCUCGGCCCAAACCCUGGAGCAAGCUGACCCAGAAAGGCAGGGAGCCCUUCAUCCGCAUGCAGCUGUGGUUACUGGACCAGUUAGGCCAGAGCCUCAGCCAGCCCCCAAACCACAGCCACGCUCUGGACAAAAGCCCAGUGACGGCCCAUUCCUCGCCCUCCCCGCCUCCUAGCCCGGCGGAGAGCCACCCAAGUCCUCUGGUUGAGCCUGUCAGCCUCUCCCUGGAGAGCAGCAAGGAGAACCAGCAGCCUGAGAGCCUGGGCCUGGGUUUGCCCCCCCACCCAGAGGGAGGGAAAUCCACCCCCGGCCUCAUGGCCCUGCAUCAGCCCACAAACCCACUGGGUAUCCAGGAGAUAGUGGCCAUGUCUUCGGAGCUAGACACCUACGCCAUCACCAAGAAGGUCAAGGAGGUGCUAACAGACAACAACCUAGGCCAGCGUCUUUUUGGGGAGACCAUCCUGGGCCUGACUCAAGGCUCGGUGUCUGACCUGCUCUCCAGGCCCAAACCUUGGCACAAACUCAGCCUGAAAGGCAGGGAGCCGUUUGUCCGCAUGCAGCUGUGGCUCAAUGAUCCUCACAACGUGGACAAGCUGAGGGCCAUGAAGAAGAUGGAGAAGAAAGCCUAUCUGAAAAGGCGGUACGGGCUGCUGAGCACCGGCUCGGACAGCGACUCGCCCAGCACUCGCUCUGAGUGUGUGAGUCCGUCCUUGUCCUCGCUGGACCUGUGCCCAUACAGCCAGGCGAAGAAGCCUCGGGUGGUACUGGGAGCUGAGGAGAAAGAAUCCCUGAGGAAGGCCUACCUCCUGGAGCCCUACCCCUCUCAAAACACCAUCGAGAUACUGGCAUCCCAGCUCAAACUCAAAACAAACACUGUCAUCAACUGGUUCCACAACUACAGGUCCAGGAUGCGACGGGAGGUGCUGAUGGAGGGUCUGCUAGACAAUGACACCGAUGCGGAGCACCAAAGCUACUCCCCCUCCAUGACCCGGAGCCCCAACUCUGACGGAGAGGAGAGGAGGAUGCAGCAGCUCUCAGGACACAUCCACUCCAGCUUUCCUCUUAGCGCCAACACCGCACUGCCUCAUGUCAAACAGGAGGCGAUGGACAGGGAAGACGAGGGAAGGGAGGGCUCCGUGAAACAGUCCAGAGUCCAGUGUUUCUCCACAGCGGUACAGUUCCCGCAGCUGAAAAGCGAACACGACGAUUCCAUCGCUGGCUGCCGCGAGCCUCACUCGGCCGGCCAGAGCCUGAGGCAGGAAGAAGGGAUGAGCAGCCAGGCUCAGGGGCUCUACCCCGGCUCAGUCUCCAUAGACGGCCCCCAGAGAACCAUCCAGUCCAGGCACGAGGGGGAAGACUCCGGAAAGUCCCCCGUUGACCCCGUCAGCUUCAAGGCCUCGUCGGAGCCCUGCCGCAGCAGCCUGGAGGUCUCCCUCAACUCCCCCUCUGCCGCAUCCUCGCCCGGCCUCAUGAUGUCAGUCUCCCCCGUCCCCUCCUCCUCUGCUCCCAUAUCGCCCUCGCUGCCCAAUCCGCCCUCAACGAGCACCAAUCACAGCCUGGACCCUAACCAGCUCCCGCCCUUCCAGAGCCCCAAACUCAACAGAAGCUCUCAGAGACGCAAUGAGAAAAUGGCCAACCUCAAUAACAUCAUCCACAGGCUAGAGAGAGCAGCCAAUCGAGAGGAAACACUGGAAUGGGAGUUUUAAGUCCCCUUUUACUGUAAGUAGUGCUGAUGACCCUCGCGGCACAUAGGAGAGUCUCAAAUAGAAGCCUGAACGGAGCCUGGCUCCUGAAGGCCUGAUAACUCAUAGGAAAACGGGAACGCAGAACAUAACAUAUGGCUGAAUUCCCUACAAGAACUUGGAAGAGUUGAAAAAAAGAUUUAUAACUGUGUAUUUGUUUUUUUUUUUGUUGUUUUUGUUUUGUUUUUGAUAAUGCAUACUACUUUGAAAUAUAUGUGACAGCACUAGCUGUUCUUUUACCUAUUGGACUUGACAUGAAGACUUUUGCAGCUAUGGUGUCAUAAAAUGUACACUGAAGUUCUGUUGAUUGCCACUGGGUGAGAUUAAAAAAAGACCCCUGUCUUAAGCCAUUAAAAGCACUAUAACUAUUUGAAAAGAGACAUUGACCAAAUUUGCUACUUUUUGAAUAGCAAUUUUUCAGAAUUUGUCUGUAAGACUGGACAAUUUAAGUCAAGUAACAUGAAAUCCUAAUACUGACUGAGGGAUAGUCCUUUAAGACUCUAAAUAUUCAACAUCUUGUAUGUACUUAGUUUCUUGGUGAUAUGUUUUGAAAUAUUUGUAACUCACGUAUAAAAUGUGGUUGUACAUGUUGUAGAAUUGUCUGCAAUAGCCUUCUCUAAACCCGAUGUAGCAUGGUACUCACCUGACCCUGUUACCCUCUGUAGUUAGUCACCUGUGAUUAUACUUGAGCGAAAAACAACUGAAAAAAAAAUAUGAAAAAAGGAACCGUUAAAUCUAACGAGUAGAGUACUUUAGAUGUUUAAUUUUCUUUUUUUCUUUGUAUAAUCCUUGAGGUUUACAGUUUAGGGCCCUUGUGCUUUUGGUAGUAAGUGAAACAUUCACUACACAUGAGCACAGUUUACAUGAUUUAUUUCAGACUUACCUCUCUGACCCUCUAAGGCAUUGGUUCUCAGACUGUAACAGGCCAAGACACACCUGGUUUACCUCAGAUUAUGUUGAUGCACAUCAUGCUAUGACCAUGCGUUUCAUUCUUAUACAUAAACGUGACCCACACUUAUUUGAAUCAAUGGAGGGGAAAGUACUCUGUAUCAUGCCUCGGACGUGCAGAAGCGGCGAGUUUUAAAUGAGCAAAAUCUGUCUUUUACAAAGAAUAUGCUGCUUUUUGACGAGAUAAUGAGCUAAUAAUUCCGUUAUAUGUGUGUAUUAUGAUCCUCCUCACAGGUAACUCCUGAUUGAGUGCACUUUCUCAAAAUGGGUCAUUUAUUGUAGUUAGAAAAUACGUACUUGAUCAAACACCUCAACCGCACUGAGAUGAUGUUUAGCUUUGCAGUUUGAUAUGAAAGGUUUCCCGUUGUGAAUUGAUCUCCCUGUGGGCGAAAUCUAUCUGAGAGCAUGAUGCAGUAUGACCUCUGAUCAACAUGAACAACAUCCAAUCUGUAAGUAGACUAUAUUCAAGGACACAAAAGGUUACAGGUAUCCCCUCAUAUUAUCUUUGACCACUUGUGUAUCGUGUCUGUAGAAGUUUCUUUGUCAUGCUUGCAAGAUGUUCUUUAUGUAUUUUGCCUCUAUUUUAUACUCAGAACAGUUAACUAGAUAUUCAAUACCUCGUGUAUGAACUACUUACAGCACUUAGAUUUUGAUAAAUGUGAGGACUCGAGAAAAAUUUCAAAUAUCAACAUUAUCCUAACUUAGUGUCCACAAGUCUUUGCCUUUACUGUAUCGUUGAAGUUGGUAGUAAAACACUUGCACAUGUCUACAUAGUUCAGAGGACUUGGAUUGUAUUAUGUAGAGAUAUAUAUUACACAAUUACUAAAAAAAAAAAAAUAUCUUACAUUCUUGGAACAAAAUGUGCUGAUUAUAUUGAAAUAGAGUGUACAGAUUUAAUAAAACCAAACCCAUUCAAGCCAGUUCUGGUCUGGCAAGCUUGCCCACGUUUUAGACCUUCUCUCAGGGUAGUCUUGCUUUUUAAAGCUUUACUGAAACAGUUGCGCUCAUCAGUGGUGGUGACUACGAUAAACAUUAUGUGGUGUAGAGAAUGACUCCGUUAAAUAUUAAAUGGUUCAAUGGAAGUUGUGUGUAUACUGGAAAUGCAACUUUCACAGCAAGUGUUGGUUUGUUGGAGAGCUCUUGCUGUUUGGUGAUUCAUUACACAGAUGUGUCAAAGUACAGUGCAGAUUGGAACUAUCAGGAUGAGGCUAAUGGGUUGCAUUUUUUUUAAGAUCAGUAGACUUUGCUCUCUAAAAUACUGUUUUGGUUUUCUCUUGGAGCCACAGAAGAUUUUUCUCUGGUUUUCGUACCAUCAUUUUUUUGUGUGCAUAAUAUACUGUAUGAUUAGCGGUGACAUUUCUGAUGUGGAGAUUUCAUUGUCUUUCAUGGUAACAUGGACAUAUGACUGAAAAAGAAAUGUAUUUAAAUGCAUUAUCUCUUCAUGUAAAGAUCAUCUCAUUGUUUUGCAUGCGAAUCCAUUCUGGUCUCAUUACAAGGGAUAGGACUGUGUUUUGUGUUGUUGUUCUUGCACAGGGACAUUAAAUCAGCACUUAAAGUCUUUUUACAUUAGUGAAGUCCAUGCAUGGUGCAGCUGAUAAAUUUGGCUCUCACAAAGUCAUAAUGAAUCCAGUCAAAUCAGAACCCAAUAACUUCCUUCCAGGUAAAUAUUUAAAUCAAGAUUAUUUUGUGCCAUAUCAUAUGCCUCAUGCAUUAUCCUCACAGGAGUAAUGCCUUGUGGUUAAGUAGGAUUUAAGAAGGGUGCCAGGCUUUUUGUUACCCAGUAACAAAAGCCCUACACAUUAGAUGUUUUUAUUUUGUAAUUGACACUAGUCACUAAAUAAUGAGGCAAUUGGUUAGCAAAAUUUGAAUGAUUGUAUUCAGAGUUGUUAAUAUAGAAACAAUAUUUACAACUCUGACACUGAGGGUUUGUCACAAAGGAAAUGUUUCAUUUGAAAGUCAGCUGUGAGUCAAUAAAGAGAAGUGUCCUGCAGGCUUAAAUAACUGUCUAAUGCCCUGACAUGUCAGGCUGGUUAAUGUUAAAGAAUGGACAAAGGAAUGCCGAGCCUCUUUGAAUUGAAUUUGCAUAUGUAAG